AUGACCUCCCCGGCGCCCCCCCUGAGCGUCUCCGACGCCGUGGAGGCGCUGUCGCGUCUCCUCCGCGCCCCCCCCGACGCGCAGUCCCCCGCGGACAGUCUCGACGAAGCCCGCGGGCUCGAAGGCCUCGCGGUCGCGCUCGCGUCCGGGCACGAUCCCGCGGCCGGGUCCGAGGCCUCCGUGAGCGCGAUGCGCGAGCUCUUCCGCGCGCUCGUCACCGAGCGCCUCAUGUCGCCGUCGUACGUCGCCGCGCCCGGGGAGGACGGCGCCGCGAGCGCGGAGAGCGUCCUGCGCGUCCUGCAGUGCGCGCGUCUGCUCCUUCGCGAUCGAUGGUUCGUGCGCGAGCUCGUCGCCGUGGACGGCGCGGUCGCCGCGCUGGGGGGGAAGUACCGCGCGUACGCGGUCAGGCACUGGGACGCGGACGACGACGCGGCGGCGGCGGCGGGAGGGGAGAAGGACGAGCGCGCGCGCGACGACCGCGGCGACCGCGCGAAGAGCGCGUUCGGCGUCGAGAUCCUCAGCGAGCUCGCGUCCGUCUUCAAGAAGCUCGCGAGCGACGGCGAGUCGUGCCCGUGGCGCGUCCUGCACGACGCCGCGGUUCCGACGACGGCGGCGGGGCUUCUGCCGACGCGCGACGCGUCGUUGCUCGCGAGCGCGCUCGUGACGCUGUGCGUCCUCGUCGCCGCGUCCGAGGAGUGCGCGGUCCCGCUCCUCGCGUCGGACGGGCUCGAUCAUCUUCUGCACAUCUUCCUCGAGUACGCCCCGCCGUUUAAGCACCUCGCGGGCGAUUUACUCCACCUCGUGUGCCGCCUCCGCGACGGUCGGCGCGAGGUUCGGCGCUUAGGCGGCGUCACGCUCGUGCUCGGGUCGCUGCACGCGGCGAGCGGGGACGAGAUCGCGCUCGAGGCGUCGCUGAGGGUGUUGGGAGGGUUGCUGAGCGACUCCGCCGCCGCCGCGGAGACGCGCGCGGUCGGCGGCGUGCCGAUCCUCGUCUCCAUGCUCGCCGCGGACGCGGACGCGCGGACCGGCGGGGGCGGGGGCAGGAUGAAACUGAAACGGCUGGGAUCUCUAGGGGGAGAAGACGAAGCGUCGGGCGGCGGGAUGUCGACCGUCGCGUCGCCCGCGGUGACGUGUCUGCUGUGCGGCGCGCUCACGAAGCUGGCGUCCGACGACGAAGGCGGCGCGCAGAUUCGGCAGUGCAACGGCGUGUACCUCCUCGGACGGCUUCUCACUGACACGCACGCGGCGUCGACGUCGACGUCGACGUCCUCGAGCGACGGCAGCGCAAAUGAGGGUCCGCGGCCGCUGGACGAGGUCCAGGCGCACGCGUUUCGAGCGAUGCGGUACCUGUUCAGCGUCGAGAGGAAUCGGAAGGUUUUCAAGCGCCUGUUCCCUCCCGCGCUGUUCGCCGCGUUCAUAGACGUCGGGCACUACCAGUCCGACGUGAAGAUGUACCGUCCGCUCGCGGCGCGCUGGCGCGAGCUCGGAGCGGACGCGGUGCGGGCGACGCGGAAGGCGCUGGAGGACAUCAACCGCGUCGGAGGCGUCGGCGCCGAGAAAAAGAUCGUUCGCGGGUACGUCCUCGAGGAGCUUCUCGGCGCGGGCGCGUUCGGGAGCGUGUACCGAGUUCACAAAGAGCGAAGCAAGGGCACGAUGUGUGCGAUGAAGGCGCUGAACCCGGAGGAGGAACCGACGCGGUUCGGGACGACCCCGGAGGAGAUCACGCGAUCUGUCGGACGCGUCGCGAGCGAGGUCAACAUCCUCUCGCGGCUGUCGCAUCCGAACAUCGUGCGCUAUCACGAGUCCUUCAACGAGUCCGGAACGCUGUACAUCGUCAUGGAGCUCGUCGAGGGCGCGAGUCUCUUGGAUCACCUGACGUCCACCGCGGAGAAGGGGCGACGAAUGAGCGAGGAAUCCGCGUGGAACGUGUUCCUGCAAGUCGUUCUCGCGUUGCAUUACAUUCACGUCGAGAAGAACGUCGUGCAUCGCGAUUUAACCCCGAAUAACAUUCUCCUCGAGGACGACACGCGAAGGGUGAAGAUCGCGGACUUUGGCCUCGCGAAGGCGUACGAGCGCGACUUCGGAGCGGUCCCCGCGGCGCCCGCGGCGACGCCGCGGGAGCGAAGAAACGCGGAGGUGAUGCAGAGCGCCGUCGGGACGAUGCCGUACAGCUGUCCGGAGAUCAUCAUGCACGAGGCGUACGGCGCGAAAGCGGACGUGUGGUCCCUUGGGUGCGUCCUGUACCACAUGCUUGCGCUUCGACCGCCGUUCGACGCGAGCAACCCGAUCACGAUGGCGAGCGCGAUCGUGGAGGGGCGGUACCCGUCGUUGGAGCCGCUCGUCGCGCGCAUCGGCGGCGGCGAUCGGAAAGGCUCCGGCGGACCGUACUCCGCCGCGCUCGUGGGGCUCGUCGGUCGGCUCAUGACGAUCGAUAAGGAGAAGCGACCGAGCAUCUCCGAGGUCGCGGCCGCGUCCGCGCCGUACUUGAUGCGAUCGAUGGAUAAGAUACAGAGCGAUAACGACCGGCUGAGAGAAGACGCGAUUCGCGAGGGAAGACGCCGAGCCGCGGACUCGACGUUAGAACGCCGCAAACGCGAGGCGCUUCGCAAGCUCACGGGGCUCGCGCACGACGACGACGACGGCGCCGGCAGCAGCGGCGCGGCGACCGGGGACGUGUCCGAGACGGAGACGGACGCGUCCGGCGACGGCGACGCCGCCGCCGCCGGCGACCGCGCGACCAACUCUGGCUCGGGCGCGCGCUCCGGCUCGGGCGCCUCCACGCCGCGUCUGAACAGCGGUCGUAGCUUCAAGAUCGCCCCCGAUCGCCUCCGCGCGGUCGCGGACCCGCUGUCGCAGAUCCUCUCGACGCUGCACAAGCUCGUUUUCAUCGACCAGCUCCCGCCGGGGAGCCGCAGGGACCCGCGAAGGGCGUCGAUCGUUAGAUACAAGCGCGCGCUCUUCGCGGGGUCGAACCACGCGGGGUUCAUCAAGGCUGAGGCCGCGAAGCUCAGCGCGGGGUCGCGGGAGGAGGUUGCGAUCGGCGACGCGCGGCUGCUCGGUGGCGGCGACGGCGCGUGCACGUACGAGACGUUGGGGAGGGCGAUGGAGGAGCUCCUGCGCGAGCACCGGUUUUACCAACUCGGCGCUCGAGGAAACGACGCGUAG